CUAACCAGAAACCCCCAUCACCACCCCCUUUUGCAUAGGAUGUCUAUAGAGAACCUCAACACCUCAAUCGAGCACGACCAGCUCGUCAUUUAUCAAGCAUCAUUGAAAGGGGAUGUAGCUGAGUUAGAUGCAUUGCUUCAACAAGAUGAACUCAUUCUUGAUAGGGUCACCGUUACUUCCUUCCAUGAAACUCCCUUGCACAUCGCAGCCAUGCGAGGUCACCUUCAGUUUGCUCAAGCACUCCUCAAGUGGAAGCCCAAACUAGCCGAGGAGUUUGACUCUCUUUGUCGCUUGCCUCUUCACUUCGCUUCUGCAGAAGGCUACUCCCAUAUUGUCAGAGAAUUGGUAACUGUGAAUCCUGAUGCUUGCUGGGCACGUGAUCAAGAUGGAAGAAUCCCACUUCACUUGGCUGCCAUGAAAGGACGAGUUACCGUUAUAAUGGAAUUAAUGAGCAUUUGUCCCGGGUCAAUAAGAGAGAAGAUGGAUAAUGGAGAGACAAUCUUGCACUUAUGCGUUAAAUAUAAUCGGUUGGAGGCUUUGAAAUUGUUGGUGGAAACGGUACGAGAUGAUGAAUUUGUCAGUGCCAAGGAUGAUAAUGGAAAUACCAUUUUGCACCUUGCUGCGAUCCUCAAACAAGUGCAGAUUGUAAAAUACUUAUUCUCGGAGACAAGCAUCACAGAGAACGCAAAUACCUUGAACAAGAAUGGAUUUACAGCACUGGAUGCUUUAGAGCACAGUCCAAGGGAUUCAAAAGGCCUGGAAAUAAAGAUCAUCCUUCUUGAAGCUGCAGCAGGUCUUCAGAGGAACAAAGAGCGUAUUAAUAAAUCUCCAUCAUCAACAGUGCAAAAAAACAGAGGCCUAGUUGCCAUAACGUGUAAAUUCUGGAAUAACUACUUAAAGAAUGUCGGCAAGAGAUUCGAAGAGGCACGAGGCAAUAUUCUCGUAGCUGCUACUUUAACAGCAACGAUAGCUUUUCAAGCUGGGGUAAACCCACCUCAAUUUAAUAACGACCAGAAGCCAAUUAUCGACGCUAAUGCUGCUUCGGCUCCUUCUUAUCUUGAUCAUGCCCUUCAGCGGACAGAAACAUAUUUCUGGUUUUCCAACACUGUUUCUUUGGCUCUCUCUCUUAUUAUUAUUCUGGUGAUGUUUAGUGGAAUCCCUUUCAAAAAUACGAUUUUACAGGUUUUCCUUGUAAUUGUCAUGUGCUUCACAAUCGUAUACAUAUCACAAGCAUAUUUCUUUGCGGCGGCGUUCAACAUGAGGCUGAGAGAAAAUUGGACUUCUGCAGGGAAAACAUUGUUCAUAAUUAACAUUAUCAUUCAUCGUUUAUUUCAAUUUAUUAUUUGGUUACAUAUUGCCUCCCUUUUUAUUUGGGUGGUUCAGAAGAUCUACCAAAGUAUUUCUAAAUUAAUAUCUUGCUUAUGUUAA